CUCAAUAUUAGUGCGCGCACUCGAGCGCGUCCCCUCCAACACAUACUAUCUGUGUUGAGCACCUUGUUACAUAGCACAUCUACGCUUUCCUUGACUUCAGCUCAUUCUUUCUGCUUUCACCUCACCUUUCCGGAGCAACAGGAACUACCCUCGGAAUGAAAAAAUCACAAUUCCCUUACCAUCAGGGCUACAAGCCCAGCGAGAGAACCCUGCCACUCUCGGAAGCUCCAACUGUCACCAGCUCUAUGCGAGACGAAUCCCCCAUAACCUCCCUCGACGCACUGCAUGAGGCCGAGUGGCCGCGCUCAUGGCGUGCUUAUGCAUGCCUUCUAGGUUGCUUCUUUCUCAUGUUCAACUCUUGGGGUCUUGUAAACGCUUACGGUACAUGGUCUUCAUACUACGUUGGCCACUCACUACGAGGAGUUGACCAGCUCGAACUGAACUUGGUAGGAUCGACUGAGUCUGCCCUUGUACUGUUGUUCUCCAAUGUCGUUGGGCGACUACUGGAUGCCGGGCACUUCCGCAAGGUGAUUGGCUGCGGCACGUUCCUCGUACCGUUUGGUCUCUUCAUGCUUAGUGUCGUACACCCUAGUGACAUCGAAGCCAUGGCAAACUUUGGCGCUAUCUGGGUCACUCAGGGCUUCGUUGUUGGCCUCGGCAUGGCAACUUUCUUUGUAUCUAGCUCUCAAGUUGCUUCCACAUGGUUCCCCAAACGCAGAGGACUCGCCGUAGGCUAUGUUGCCUGUGGUGCUAGCGUAGCUGGUGUAAUCUACCCCACCAUGCUUCGUUACCUCAUCGACGCUGUUGGUUUCAACGAUGCUGUCCGUUAUGUUGCAACUCUCACUUCGGUGACAUGCAUCUUCUCGUUCAUCUUCUGCACUCCAGACCCAACCCACGAGCAUCAUACACCAAAGACAUGGGGCAAUAUCAGAACAUGGGUUGACAUGGAAGCUUUCCGCAACAAAGCCUGGUGCUGGUUCACCGCUGGUGUUGCUUUCAUGUUCUUUGGCUUCUAUCCCAUCUUCUUCAAUCUUGAGGAAUGGGCAUCAGUACGCGGAUUUGGCACUCGUGAGCGGAUCAGGUCGCCAAUCACUCCCACAAACCCAACCGAUCAACCUUUGCAGACAUUCUGGCUUCUGGUCAUCGUCAAUGGUGCCUCAACUGUCGGACGUAUGCUUCUGGCUCAUUUCUCAGACAAAAUCGGCGCCAUCAACAUGCACAUCGGCUCUCAGUUGAUCGCUUCCUUACUGACGCUGUUUCUCUGGACAUUCGCAGGGUCGGAGACAGCUGCUCUUGCAUUCUGUGUCGUAUUUGGCGUCUUCUCUGGCAUGGUUAUUGGCCUGCCCCCGGCAUCUAUCGGCAACAUUCUCAACUGCUCCUACACUGCGCCGGAUACUAGACACUUUGCAAAGAAGAAACUCGGCCACUGGACUGGCAUGAUGUACACCUUUGCUGCGAUCCCAGCCCUCACCGGUCCCAUUAUUGCUGGGCACCUCAUCACCCGUUACCAGACCUACCUCACAGUUCAGUUGUGGUCCGGCACUAAUCUGUUGCUCUCAUGUGCUUGCAUGGUCGUGUCUCGCUGGUACCUUCCAUGCAGCAAUGGUCAGCGUGUUGAGCAAAUCUUGAAGCUCAAAUGCGGCAGAUCCGAAAUGUCGGAAAAGCGGAAAAGUUGUGAUGGCGCGGAGUCAUCGCCUGACCCAUUGUCACAGGCCCCAACUCGUGUUCCCAGCACCGCCGUCUCGCGCAACGCAUCUUCCGAGAGCAUUUACGACCACCAAGGCCGCAUGGUCUAAAGUCUUUUUUUCAUAUGAUUCCCCCUUUUCCUUUUUCUGUUAUAAUUGUAUUUUCCUCCACGGUUGGUGAAGCGUUGUUCGACACGAGACAUGACUUUUCACAUAGACACACGUAGGGUUUACUGGAUUGUUGGUUUGUCACGACUCUAUUGUUUUUGUCCUUGUUUCUUGGCGGUUUCUUUUUCGUUUUCCCAGGAGGACACAUCGAGGGCUUUCCCCUUCACUUACGAACAUGUCUUGUCCACGAGAGAAGCACACUCUUUUUUUCGAGACAACGUAGGCGCAGGGAGCUCCUCGAUACAUGGGUUGAGCAUCAGUUUACGGAUUGCACGAAUUUAGAAAUAAAAAGCUUUUAAUUCUGGA